UUUUUUUCUCAAUUUCCACCGUGCUUCUUCUUACUGCUCGGCACAUUUUGUAUGAGCGCUUGUCAAAAUACGAGUAUAAAAAUUUCAUUUUGCCCCAAUCAAACGGUGUGAUCACCCCAAAACCAAUAACGCUUCAAACAAAACAAAAAUAUCGCACAUAAGAAAACCAGGCAAACCUAUCAACCAAAAAAGAAAAGAAGCGGAAAAAGAAAGAGUGUGUGUGCAAGCAACAAGAAGCGGAGGCAAACGAAAAGAAAAAAAAACCGAAGAAAAACUUUCGUCAAGUUUGCGUUCCAUGGUAUUUCAACAAUAAAUUCCGCUCGCCAGGCCAAAUUACGCAAAAUAAUCCCCUUAAUCAAAAUGAGCAGCUCCGAGGAAGUCUCCUGGGUCACCUGGUUCUGUGGACUUCGUGGCAAUGAGUUCUUCUGCGAGGUGGACGAGGACUAUAUACAGGAUAAAUUCAAUUUAACUGGUUUAAAUGAGCAGGUGCCCAACUAUCGGCAAGCCUUGGACAUGAUCUUGGAUCUGGAACCGGAGGACGAACUCGAGGACAAUCCCCUGCAGUCCGAUAUGACCGAGCAGGCCGCCGAGAUGCUCUACGGCCUCAUACACGCUAGAUAUAUACUAACAAAUCGCGGCAUCGCUCAAAUGAUCGAGAAAUAUCAAACUGGCGAUUUCGGACACUGCCCACGUGUCUACUGUGAAAGUCAGCCCAUGCUGCCCUUAGGUCUGUCGGACAUCCCCGGCGAGGCAAUGGUGAAGACCUAUUGCCCCAAGUGCAUUGACGUGUACACACCGAAAUCGUCGCGCCAUCACCACACCGAUGGCGCCUAUUUUGGCACUGGAUUUCCACACAUGCUUUUCAUGGUGCAUCCCGAGUAUCGUCCCAAGCGUCCUACUAAUCAGUUUGUUCCAAGGCUGUAUGGCUUUAAAAUACACAGCUUAGCUUAUCAAAUUCAGCUGCAGGCAGCAGCCAAUUUCAAAAUGCCACUACGAGCGCAACGUGGUCAGCCGCCCAAGGACGAAGAGCCUGAGAAUAAUGCCGAUACGGUUCCCAAGCGCCUCUAAGCGCAAGCAGUGCAACAAAAGCAGUGCAGCCAAGCAGUCCAGCAGCCGAUACACACCCACACAUAGACACUUUAAUUCAAAACACACACACACACACACAACAGGCCGGGCCACACUGAGGAAAAAUUGUGGAGAAGCGAGCGGGAACAUGUUUACGAAGAAAAUACAACCCAGGUAGACAGGAAGGACCAACAUCAAAAUCUUCAACGCUGGAUCCAAAAGCUGAAGAGCCAUUACACACAUACUGAAACACAUACAGUCAGCUUCUGUUUGAAAAAAAGAACAAAAAAUAGGUGCAGUGUGGCCAGCGAUUUAGAAGAAAAGGUAAAAAAAUAAUCUAAUAACAAGAAACUAGAAAAAGUGUUCCUUUUUUUCAUUAAAUUAGAUUUUAAUCAAAUAUUUCAAGACCAUUGAGGAAAGAACACUCAUAUUUAUUUAAAACAUUUGUCUUUAAAAUGUUGAUAUUGGAAUAGCUGUUUUGAAUUUAACUUAUAUUGAGUGUUAUUGGAUUAUUUUAGUUACAUAGGUAGAUCUACUAUUUCUCUAAAACACUGGACACACUGAUCAGGUGUAUUCAACUUUAUUCUUUGCAUUUUAUUUACUAAGUGAAAUGAAAGGGGCUAAACCGAUAUAGAAAUAGUCUUUAAAAUAUUUAGUCAAGUGGCCGGAUACCCACCUCUGUUCCCCCAUUUCUCUCCCGAAAAAGGAAAAAAACCCAACCCUAUUAAGAUUCCGAUUCCUAGCCUAUUUGCUUCUUCUUCAAAGCGUACUAUUUCAAGAACUUUUGAAAAAAUCGAAUGACGAAAGCAGGAAACCUACAACAGCAAGAACAACAACAGCAGCAACAACAACAACAAAAGCAAAAACCAAAACUGAACGUGAGCCGAAUUUAAAGUUUCGGUGUUCCCUUUUUUCGAAAUCUGAGAGUGCAUAUACUUAUAUAGAAAUACAUAUACAUAUAACAUAUAAACAAUAUACCGUUAGCUUAUUUAUAUAUGUACACACAUACACAUCCAGACCUGUUCCCAAAUUCGAAUUGGGUUUAAAUUGAACAAAACCGGAAUCUCAGAUAUUCCCACUCCACCAAAAGGGCCCAGAAAUUUAAAAGUUCUGCGGCGGUGUGAAAAUAUCCGCUGUUCCGAGUUUGUUAAAUUCAAGAUCGAAUGCGAAACGAGAACAGUACUGAUAUUGAAACAACAAAAAAACAAAAACGGAAACCAACAAAAUAUUUUAUGUAUUUUUUUAAUGUAUUUAAGAAUAAUUAAGAUUAAAACAAUGAAAAUGAAGAGAAAUCAGUUGGCGUAAGAAGAUAAUACCGUUAUCGCAGGAAUUAUAUAGCAAAAGAGAUAAGGUUGAUAUAAUGCGCAAGGAAAUGAUGAUGAAUUUCGAUGCCAGCGAAUGAAGUGAAAACAAUAAAGAUGAUGAAAACCGAA